AUGGCGGAGGCAGAGAUCCGCGCGGAGCUCGCGGAGCUCCGGGCACAGAACCAGCGCCUGAACCAGGCGAUGGGGGCGAUGCAGCAGCAGGCGGCGCAGCAGCAGGACCUGGUCGCCGCUCUGGCCGGGCUACCGCAGGCGCUUGCCGCGCUGCCGGGCACGGUCUCCGCCGCAGUGGAGGCGGCGGCGAGCCAGCGCUCGAGGGCUCGAGGCAGCCUCAUCGACACGAAGGGGCUAGGCAGGCUCCUGCCGCUCAAGAACUCCGAGCAGGAGUUCGUGGCGUGGGCCCGGCGGACGGAGAACUUCGUGGCGAGCGUCUUCCCUGGCGCCCGCGAGGUUCUAGCGUGGGCCGUGGAGCUCGACCCGGGGACGGCGGCCUCUGCAGCCACCGCGGCGGCGAGCGACGACCUGGACAUGGAGGAGGCCACCGCGCAGGAGUUGUCGGAGCAGCUCUAUUCGGUGCUGAUGAGCCUGGUGGAGGGCGAGAGCUUCGACAUCAUAGAUCCCCUGACCACCGGGCGGGCGAGAGGCUUGCUCCGGGAGAUCCUGUCUCCAGGGCGAGCGAAGCUCGCCGAGCUCCAGGGAGCCGUCGAGCGCCUGGAGGAUCUGAUGCGCCGGUACGCCCUCCGGCGCGACGCGCGGACCGGCGAACGCCACCACCUUGCAGAGGGCAUCAGGAUGGCGGCGUUGGAGGCGCUGCUCCCAGAGGACCUCGAGAAGCACUGCCAGCUUCAGAGGGCCCGGCUGGACACCUACGCGAAGUUGCGCGAGGAGGUGAUCCUGUACGCCGAGGCGCGGGGCUAUGUCGCGCCCAAGCUAGGCCAGGUAGGGAGGCCGCAGGAGAGCAGGAAGGACGACCCGAUGGACGUGGGCCAGUUCAACAAGGGCGCCCCGAAAGGAGGCAAGAGCAAAGGCAAAUACAAAGGCAAGGACGGCAAGGGGAAGGAUGCCGGUGCGCUGGAGUGGGACUCCUGGGACUCGCCGGCGGCGGCGAGCUGGAACCAGCUCGCCGCUGGACCUACGACGAUAUCGGCAACUCCGUGGCCAGCACCACCUGAGCCCUCCGUUGCCGUGAGCACGGUGGACUUGUGCGCGGCUUGGGAUGCGGUCAGCCCCGCUCCCGCCGCGCGCGCGCCAUCCCACGUGAAGUGGGUUGCCAUCAACGUGGACACUGGAGCGGGAGGCACGGUUUGGCCGGCUGACGCCGACUACGCCGGCGAGCGCGCUCCUGGAUUAUCGGGCAGGACUCACCGGAUUGCCACUGGUGAGCUGGUUGAGGGCCAGGGCAGGUUCAAGAUACGAGGGGUGGAUGCUUGGGGUCACAAUCUCCAGAUGGUGGGCGAACAGACUUCCGUCCACAAGCCGCUCCUGAGCGUCGGGGACGUGACGGACAAGGGCCACGCAGUGUGGCUGGACGGCGACGCGGGCUACAUCUUCCAGCGCGGCUCGCCGAUCCCCGACGAGAUGCGGGCCGUCUUCAGCAAGUACUCUUGGGGCGGCGUUAUCGAGCUGAACAAGGAGCGAGGUGUCUACAACCUCUACGUGCAGGUGGAGACGGGCACUCCGAACGGCACCAGCGGCGGCGACGACACCAUCGACGUGAGUCCGAACGACAUGGAGGGCGAGCUUCCGGAGGUUGGGGCGGACUACGCGUGCGUGGGCCCAGAAGGCUCGCAGGUGGCGCUACUGCGUUGCAAAUGCAAGCGCGCAGGGUGCCUGGCGGCUACCCAGGUGCCAGCGAAGGGCGUGGAUGCCUACGCGCUCUCCUUCAUCGUUGGUUGGCAACGUAGCUUAGGGUGGGAGCGUCUUAUCAUGAGGUCCGACAACGAGCGGGCUUUGCUUUCGCUCCUGAGGGCAGCGGCCAUGAACCUGGAGGGCGUGGAAGUGAUAGAGCAGGCGUGCCCAGAAGGGGAUCACGCGGCGAACGGGCUAGCAGAGGUAGCCGCUCGCGAAGUUAAGGCGCAGACGAGAGUCCUGAAGAGCCAUCUUGAGCAGAGGCUGGGCCGGCCACAGGAGUGGACCGAGCCGCUGGCGACGUGGCUGGUCAGGCAUGCGGCGAACUGCUUGUCGCGAUACAGGGUGCAGGCAGACGGCAGGGCGCCAGAUCAGCGACGCACUGGGCGGCGCUGGAGGCGCCAAGUGGUCGAGUUUGGCGAGAGGGCGAAAUUUCAUCCAGUCGCGGCGCGGCGCGAGGCGCGAGCGGCAGGCGACGUGGAGAGGAUGCUUGAUGGCAUAUUCGUGGGCCUUCAUGAGCGCACAGGCGCUGCGUUGUUCUUGUCAGACCGAGGUCUGUUGAGAGGCACCAGGGUUCAGCGGAAGACGCCGGACCAGCAGUGGGACAACGAGUACAUCAGGCACACGGACGAGUGCAGGUCGCGCAUGGACGAGCUUAUGGCGCGAGAUGCUGAUGCUGGAGUGCAGCAUCGCCUGCACCAGGUUCAGGAGGGAGGCAGCAGCUCGGGCUCUGGAGGGAUCCUCGCAGGUCCGAGCACGGAUGCGGUCAGCGCCGCUCCAGCGCCGGACCACAUCGAUGGGGGUGUUCCCAUGGCCAGCCCGGCUGGUCCGAACGCUCAGGCGGCGGGCGCCGCAGACAGCGACAUGAGCGCGAGUAAGCUGGAGCUGGUGCCGCGCGUGGCGGUUAAGAUCGCACGAUCGGCGGCAGCAAUAGGGUUGUCGAGCGUGGAGGUUUGGUCGUUAGCGCGUGUGGCGACGGAACUGUCGGGGGCGGCCAUCGCGGAGACCUACAGCCCCAACAGGUUCACGAGCAUGGCCACCAGCUACGGGUUGAAGCCGAGCUUCUUCAUCGACGUGACGGCCAAGCGCGACGACGACGCCUUCUGGGAUUUAGGAGACGAGGAGGAUCAGAGGAGGCUCGAGGCGAUGCAGGAGGAGCAGCGACCAGAUCUUCUCAUCGGCAGCCCGCCGUGCACGUCUUUCUCCGCAUUGCUCCAACAUUCCAAGACCAAGGGGGAGAUUGAGGAGAUGAGGGAGGAAGGCAGGAAGCACGUGCGCGUGUGCAUUGAGGCGUACAAGCGCCAGCUGCAGAUGGGGCAGCACUUCUUGCAUGAGCAUCCUGCAGGCUCGGCGAGCUGGGACAUGCCAGAGAUGCAGGAGCUGCUCGGCGACAGCCGAGUGUACGUGGUCCAGGGCCCAAUGUGCCGCUGGGGCAUGGUCACGAAGGGCGACUUCGGGAAGCAGGGCUACGUGCGGCAGGAGAUCAAGUGGGCGACGAGCAGCCCGCGACUCGCAGCACUCCUGGCCGGCCGAUGCCCAGGAGAGCACCGGCACGUCCGUCUGCUAGGCAAGCAGAGGGCGGCCGCGGCGGCGGUGUAUCCGCCCAGGCUGGUGAAGGAGGUGUUGCGCGAGUUCAAGAAGCAGGUCGUGGACGACGGGAAGAUGGAUCGGAUCAGCUUGUACUCGGCCGGGCCGACGGCCGACUUCGUGGAGCUGGACGCGAGCGAGUGGCAGGAGAACGACUACGACCAGCAGGGCAACUUCUUGGACCCGAUCAAGGUUAAGCAGGGUAAGCAGGAGGAGAUCGACUGGGUGUUGAAGCAGAACCUCUUCGACUACGUGCCCGAGCGCGAGUGCAAGGAGCGGCAGGGCCGCCCGUGCUCGCUGAAGUGGGAAGAGAAGUUGGAGCCGAGCGAUGUAAUCUCGGCCAUGCCACUGGUCGAGAGCUUGAAGGAAUUGGUGAGUCAUGUGAUGACUGAGCGCUUCGACCAGCGUGGAAGGAGGUUGGCGCUUGCGGUCUUCGACGCUUCUCGAGCUCAUUUCUACGGGACGUGCGAGCGCGACGUCUACGUGCAGCCACUGGCUGAGCCACAUCGUCCAGGCUUUGUGGCCAAGCUCAACAAGACGAUGUACGGCACGCAUGACGCGAGCAACUCCUGGCAGCGGUUGUGGGGAGAACAGCUUCGCAGUAGGGGCUACACGCUGGGAGCUAGCAACCCCGCAUUGUUCCGCUCGGACUUCCUCAAGGGUUUCUGCCACGGAGACGACUUCAUGGUCGCGGCGGCGGAGGGCCAGAUCGACAUUUUCGAGAAGACGUUGAGCGAGAAGUUCGAGUUGAGGCGGAUCGGGCUGAUCGGCGCGGAGGAGCACCAGGACAAGGAGUUGGAGGUGCUGCGCCGGACGGUCAGGGUCGUUGGACCAGACCUCAUGGAGAUCGAAGCCGAUCAACGCCAUGUUCCUCAGCUACUGGAGGAUCUCGGGCUCAAAGGAGCCAACGCGGUUAAGACACCGCGAGUCAAGCUGACGGCGACGGACGCGGAGGACAUCGAGAAGAGCGCCCCGCUCGAGGGCCAGGAGGCGACACGGUUCCGCCGCGGGACUAUGCGCUGCGCCUACCUGUCCCAGGACAGGGUGGACAUUUCGGAGUCCGUCAAAUGCUUGUCCCAGGCCAUGGCGCGGCCUCGAGCGGGCCACAUGGUGCAGCUCAAGAGGUUGGCACGCUACCUGAAUGGCGUGCCGAGGAGAGCGCUGCAGUACGCGGCUCUGGACCCGAUCGGCGCCGACGUGAUCGCCCAUGUCGACAGCGACUGGGCAGGAGACCCGGUCUCGCGCCGUAGCACUACAGGUGUCAUCCUCAGGCGUGGGAAGCACCUGUUGCGCCACAGCAGCACGGUACAUAACGUCAUUGGGCUGAGCAGUGCCGAGAGCGAGUAUUACGCCCUCACGAAGGGUGGAUGCUCAGGCUUGGGGCUUCAGAGCCACCUGGCCGACUGGGGCUUGCAGCUACAGCUGUUGCUUUACACGGACUCGUCGAGCGCGAGGGCCGCGGCCGCGCGCAGAGGUGUGGGUAAGAACACCCGGCGCAUCCAGACGCGCAUGUUCUGGCUCCAGGAGCGGGCGGCAGCCAAACAUCUUAGAGCAUUGAAGGUUGCGACGGAGAGCAAUCCGGCAGACAUGCUCACGAAGGCGCUGCCGGGAUCGAAGGCCAACGACUUCUGUGAGACGGUCGGGCAG